GCCUUAUCUUGGACCACUUCCUCUUACAGUUCCAACUGUACCAGGAUAAGCACUCGAAUUUGUCCCGCUCACUCGUCUGUACGACUCAACAUGUCGAAGUCUCCCACACGGUCGAGGCAUGGUGCUGCUGGUGCUAGACCCUCCGCUAACGCCUCUCGCUCACGCCCUCAAGCCGAUGUUCUCGCAUCAGUCCUUGGCUCUUCCCAUCCUGCACCCUCCUCGUAUGCUGCGAGCUCUCACUUCUCUUCAGGUCGGGUGCCACCCCCUGCUGGCAGGGUACAAGCGACAGACUACCAGCCGCCGCCGUCACCAAUCGUUCGGCCUUCAUCUCCAGAUUCCGCGUCAGUACAGCAUCAUGGAUCACAAGCCAGCCUUUCUUCCCUCAACAGCGACGACGUCUAUGGCUCUCAGGACGAAGAUGACGAUGAGAAUGGGAGACAGGGACCAGAUCUCAACGCAAGCACAUUUUCGGUCGUUGCUCAAAUGUUCGAUCCGAACCUCUACCUUCAUGCUCAGGAAGCCUGGAGCCAGUGGGAGGAUCACAAGAGAGCCGAUGAAGAUCUUGAUGAUGAAGAGCAGACAGCAGGAACGGAGGACGGGUACGGCACAGAAUCUGUCAUCUCCCGGCGGACAGAGGAAAUGAGUGAGAGGGCAGGCUUAAUGUCGUCCUCCAUUGCUGCUCGCAGGCUCUACGGCACGAUGCCUGGCGGCUCUGUGGCUGGCGGUAGCUCGCAAUAUGGCCACCACAUGGCAGCGUCGUCUCUCCGAGUACCAUCGGCGACCACCCAUCACGAGGAGCCAACCAUGGAAGACGCGAUGAAGACAGCCGACAUUGGAGGCACGCCAGGCUCCAAUCUCGGCAUCUUGCUGCUGUGUGUCAGCCAGCUGGCGUACUCGUUGAUGAAUGGGUUUGUCAGCCUGUUAGACGCUCUCGAAGGAGAGAAAGCGCCAGGAAGGGGUCCGGAUCACCCGCCAAUCAGUGCCUUCGAGAUCGUCUUCGUCGAGUGUUUCAUCAUCUGGCUUGGAGCCAUCGCUGCCAUGGCGGUCUUCAAGACGCCAUACAUCCUCUUCGGCCCACCCAAGGCCCGACUCGUCCUAAUCGCUAGAGGCACAUUUGGCUUCUUGUCAACUUUGUUCCUCUAUCUUUCGCUCGAGAAUCUCUCGCUGUCCGAUGCCACUGGUAUCAUCUUCUUGGGUCCACUCGUCACUGGAGUCGCAGCUGCUGUCUUUCUGUCGGAGCCUUUCAGCGUCCGGGAGAGAAUAGCCGGCAUUGGCUCUCUCCUGGGAGUACUUCUCAUCGCUCGACCUACCGCCAUCUUUGGGAGCCAAGGUGAUGCAGAAGUGCCUAGUGCCCCUGGAGAUACACCCCCUAUUGAAGGCGGCAACGAAUCCGAAGCUGCCGGCGCAAAUCGGGUGUUCGGUGUCGUCAUCGCACUUGCAGGGGUAUUUUGUCAGUCUGGAGCCUGGAUUGCCCUGCGUAGUCUUGGUCGGGCUUGCUCGACUUACCACAGCAUUGCCUACUUCGCCUUGUGCUCUUGGGUUCUCUCCCUCGCAGGGAUGGUGGUUUCGGGUCAGCCAUUUGUCUGGCCAAGCACCGUCGAGGCAACCGUCGUCCUCUUUAGCGUGGGACUGUUCUCCUUGCUCGCCCAAGUAUUCCAGACACUCGGUCUACAGAGAGAGACGGCUGCAAGGGCUGCGAUGGUUAGCUACCUUCAGAUUAUCUUUGCUACUGCAUUCCAGUGCCUCGUCCUGGGCACCCCACUGGAGCUCCUGUCUGUUGUCGGCUCCAUCAUGGUUCUGGCCAACGGAGCUUGGGUCGCAGCUGCAAAAAGGCCUGGCGAUGCUAUAGCCGCUCACUGAUAGCUAAACUCCCCCAGUGAUCCUAGUCUUCCCUAAAUCCGCUUCAAACAAUCAUGACAGGUAGAAUUCAAACUCAAGUCUCGUCUCGGCCGCUGUUCAAAUCUUGCUCCAGACUGUAGAAGUACGCAAUGCCAUCAUAUUCUGACAGAGCAGUAUCACAGUGUCAGACAUUUUGCCGCCAUUGCUGGAGGUGUCGUGUGAGCGUCUCCAACGCGAGAUGGACCGCGCGGCUGCAUGCACGUCGGAAGUCGGAAGCACCAAC